AUGAAGAAGAUAUUCAAGCAUAAGUGGAGAUUGUUCAACGUGGAUGUCACAGCAGAUCAAGACCCAGGGAAAGAUUUUCAUGGGGCAAGCGAAGCUCUCCUCUCUGCUGUGAACAAGAAGCUCGGGCUCGAAGCCGACCUUGUCGCCUCCGAAGAUGUUUGCGUGAUCCGCAAGAGUUUUGACGCGCGCAAGGGGAAGCGAAACGACGAGGACGAGGACGAGGACGAGGACGAGGACGAGGACGAGGACGAGGAGGUGGUGGUGGUAGUGGUGGUGGUAGUGGUGGUGGAUGGUCCUUCCUUCACGUAUGUGGUGGACGUGGACAUGGGUAAAGAGGGGAAGAGAAUCAAAAUGCACGCGGAGCAGGGGAAGCUGGAGAGAGAGGAGGAGGGACUGACGGGGUCGUUUGCUGGGAACAGAAGGAACAGUGAGGACGUGCGGUGGGUGUUGAAGCAGCUCGUUCGCUUCGGAGCCCCUGACAGCAUCUUGGUGGACGGGAAGCCACAUCUAGGCACGGACAGACUUGUGCGGAUUCUCAAGACCAUGAGAAAUUUCCUAGAAUCAAACAAUGUUGUCUUCAAGUUCGGCACCAUCGUCAAAGAUAUCAAGAUCGUAUGCACGAGCGUAAACCCGGAGGAGCUCUGCGUGAACGGCAUGUCCUUCUCAAGGAGACAAUCCCAAUGGGCGAACUCAGCACUUGUAGCCUCGGUAGACAUGAACGAAGAGUUCAUGCGCUCCUUCUCAGAUCUGGCAGCAAGAGAGCCUCACGGGCAGGCAGCGCUCGGCGGUCUGACCUUCCAGCGGAGCAUGGAGCGAGAGGCGGCGAUCAGAGGAGGAGGAGACCUAGUCUGCCCAGUCCAGAGAGUGACAGACUUUCUCGAAGCAAGAGCAAGCAGGGCCGAAGCCGGCUUUCCGCAGUCGAGCUACAGGCUCGGCACGAAACCUGCAGCUCUGCACGACCUCUAUCCUCAGCCGAUAUCAGACGCGAUUACGCGGGCCCUUGUUGAGUUUGACAGGAGGCUCCCGGGAUUCAUCACGCCAGAGGCUCUCCUGCAUGGCGUUGAGACCAGAACCUCCAGUGCUGUGAGGAUCACACGAUCUGAUGAAACCUUGCAGUGCGUUGGCAUCGAGGGGCUGUUUCCUUGUGGGGAGGGCGCAGGGUACGCAGGAGGGAUUGUGAGCUCGGCAGUGGAUGGGUUGAGGUAUGCGGCGAUGCUUACAGAGACAGUGGGAAGAACUUAA